UCUGGGGAUGGGGCGGGGCUAAGGAAGUCGAAAGAGUUCUAUCUGUGACAGGGAGAGGAAUGCGGGCUGGCUGGGCGGUUAGGUCCAAACUCCAGCCGCCGACUGGCAGCGGGGACUUGAGAGAAGCAUGCCUCGGCCGUACGUUUGCCUGCUAGCGGCUGUGCUGCUGCUAGGUAUCGCCGCCGUCUCCAGGUCGAAGGGCCUGCGGGGCAAGGAGCAUGAGAGGACGCCGCGAAUCACUUCUCAUUUCAGCCAAAAGGAGCGUGUCACGAUGAGGGAGGCGCUGAAAGGUGCCAUCCAGAUUCCAACAGUGUCCUUCAGCUCCAAGGAGCUCAACACGACAGCCCUGACUGAAUUUGGAAGAUACAUUCGUAAAGUCUUUCCUACUGUGUUCCAGACCAGCUUUAUCCAGCACGAAGUUGUGGGAGAGUACAGCCACCUGUUCACAGUCCAAGGCUCGGACCCCAGCUUGCAGCCCUACAUGCUCCUCGCUCACAUUGACGUGGUGCCUGCCCCUGAUGAAGGCUGGGACGUGCCCCCGUUCUCUGGGUUGGAGCGUGAUGGCUUCAUCUAUGGUCGAGGCACACUGGACAACAAAAACUCUCUUAUGGCAAUCAUGCAGGCGUUGGAGCUUCUGCUGAUCAGAAACUACAUACCCCGAAGACCUUUCUUCAUUGCUCUGGGCCAUGAUGAAGAGGUGUCAGGGGUAAACGGGGCUCAGAAGAUCUCAGCCCUGCUGCAGGCAAGGGGCGUCCAGCUGGCCUUCAUCGUGGAUGAGGGGAGCUUCAUCUUGGAUGGUUUCAUUCCCAAUCUCAAGAAGCCCUUUGCCAUGAUUUCCGUCUCUGAGAAGGGUGCGAUGAACCUCCUGCUGCAAGUGAACAUGACUCCAGGCCACUCUUCAGCUCCUCCCAAGGAGACAAGCAUUGGCAUCCUCUCCGCCGCUGUCAGCCGACUGGAGCAGACACCGAUGCCCAACAUGUUUGGAGACGGGCCGAUGAAGAUGGCUUUGCAGCAACUGGCAAAUGAGUUUCCCUUCCCCGCCAAUAUAAUUUUGAGCAACCUGUGGCUAUUUCGGCCCCUUGUAAGCAGGUGGAUGGAGAGAAAUUACAUAACCAAUGCGCUGGUUAGGACCACCACAGCACUCACCAUGUUCAACGCGGGGGUCAAGGUGAAUGUCAUCCCCCCGGUGGCCCAGGCCAUAGUCAACUUACGAAUCGACCCCGCACAGACAGUCCAGGAGGUCCUAAAACUAGCCAAGGACAUUGUGGCUGAUGACCGGGUCCAGUUCCAGGUGCUGGGUGCCUUUGACCCCCUGCCGGUCAGCCCCUCUGACGAUCAGGCCCUGGGCUACCAGCUGCUCCGCCAGACCGUACACUCUGUCUUCCCGGAAGUCAACAUUGUUGUCCCAGGUAUUUGCAUCGGCAACACAGACAGCAGACACUUUACGAACCUCACCACUGGCAUCUACCGGUUCAACCCCAUCUACCUGCAGCCUCAGGGCUUCCGCAGGAGAGACUCUAGAGUUCUCAGUUACCACUCAGUGAAAUGCAAACAUGGACGAGGUCAAAGGUGGGCUCGUGCUUUGAAUCCUCAAAAGAAACACCCACUCAUCCACGGAAUCAAUGAGAAGAUCUCAGUCCAAGCCUAUGAGACCCAGGUGAAAUUCAUCUUUGAGCUGAUCCAGAAUGCUGACACAGACCGGAUGCCAGCUCCUCACCUGCACGAACUAUGAGGUUGGGGAGCCAGCUGGGUCAGGGAUGCCUGAGGCUGGGGCCAGGACUAACCCAAGGCGGAAAGCCAGUGUUGAUGAAACCUUGGGUCAUUAUAAUAAUCUCGCCCACCUGCCUUGCUCACUCCUCAGACUCACCCAAGAACAAGGCCAGGGGGAAGGGGAGGGCCAGCAGGAAUCUGGUUUCUCCUUUCCACCCAAGGACUACAGCCAUCCACUGACUGGCAUUUACUGCCCUCUUGGCCCGAUCUUAGAAGGUACCUGACUUGUCUGUCUUACACUGGUGAUUUAACUGCCCCUUGUUAAGGGCUGACUUAAAUGCAGAUUUUUAAAAUAUCAACCAGGUUUUACCUUUCACAAGUGUUUAAUUUAGGACAUACUUGUUAGGCUGUCUUCAUCAAUUAUAUAUUUCUUCUUACUGUAACUUCCUUUCCCUUUUCUGCCCCCACUCUCCUUGGGUUAUUUAGCUGACUUUUCAUCUCUUCUCUCCUGCCCCUACAUCCUUCCCCCUACCCUCUAAUUUGUUCUACCCCUGGAGCAGGACUUAGUCAAACUCGGCUACCAUAAUUACCCAAACAGUUGGUCAAAUAAAAUGAUCUAUGCAACAUCAACUGGUCACUGAGGGGUGAAACAGAGGCACAGGGCUUUGGAGGAACCCCAGACCUCCUGGUUCUGAGAAGGAAGCCUCUGUCCUUGGGCUCCUCCCAAGCGUUCCUGGGGCUUUGCUCCCUCCCCUGUCCUACUCCUGCCACCUGCUGCUGCUGUCCCGCCCCAGGAGGCACUAAUCUGUGGAAACAUUUCCCUGGCACAUCCUGCAGGCUGGGCUCCCAAGAGAAGGGCACUCAUGACCCAGCCUCUCGGUGGAGUGCAGGACCAGCAGGGCUCUGGCCCUGGCAUCAUGUCCAGGGAAUUGGAGGGCAUGGGGUGGGGGACUGGCUUGAGGGGCUCUGCCCUGGCUGAUCAGGCAGGAGAGGGGAUCGAACUGCCCUCCCUUUGGGGGCUAUGGAACUCCUGCCUUUUUUCUCUGGAAUCCAAGCCUGAGCAUAUUUGAAUCUGCUCAGUAGCUGUCAGGUGGGGGGCAUUGAAAGGCAGCAUUUCUUGGCUCAAGGCUGGGAGCUGUGCUUUGUGGAUCACAAGGGAGUUGAGGUCAUGGAGGGAGACACAGAGGGAGCUGGGACUUGAAAAACUCCCUUUUUUUUUCUCCAGGCAAGGACCUUCCAUGCCUUCCUGGGGUUUGACAGCAGUGGGCUCCUUUUCCCUCUUCACAGCCCCCUGCCCCAUCCCAUCUACCUGCCUGGGGAUGUGAGCUGUUUUUUAGGAGCUUGGGCCUAAUGGAAAGUUAGAAACACAGUGCAGGGAUUAUUUGAGGGUUUUUGCUACUCCCCCUAAGAUUUCACAUUCCUUCCCUCACCCUCCCUUUUUGGCCAAUUCAGUACUUAUUCAGCCUUUGUUAGAGGGUGAGCUGAAGAACAAAAAGGAUUCUUCACAUUCGUACAGAGCUGUGCAAAGUGCUUUCAUACACCUUAUCUCAUCAGAGCCCCGCUAAGAAGGAGCCCUUCUUCUUACCAAGGAGGAGUUGGUUCUCAGAGAGGUUAUACAUCUAACAGGGGGCAGAUUCAAACCCAUGUCACCUGACCCCAAGCUCAUUGUUCUUCCAUGAUCCUACGGUACUGAGGAAAUCUCCUUCCCGUCGAUUGAUUAUCUUAUUUAGUGCUGCCAACACCAAAAGUGUCACUCCCCCAGUUUUUACCGUUGAGACAGCUGAGGCUCAGAGUUUAAGCAAUUUGCCCAAGGUCGUGCAGGUAUCGGGGCAGAAGCCAAAGCCCGUGCUAAUAGUCCUAAAGAAGAUACUGAAGCUCAGAGAAGUCUUUUGCCCAAGAUCACACCGUUCUUAAGGGGCAGCCUUAGAAGUCAAACGCAGCUCAAACAUUCCCAAGUCCUGUGCUUUGUCAGUUACAGCACACUGCCUGCCCCAGGAGCCCGUGGUGUGUGGCUCGUUCACUCUGAUCCAGGGAGAUCUCAAGGACAAGGGCUGUUUUGCUGUUGGGUUUGGUACUUAGCUCAAGCUCUCUGGGUUCCCCUACCUGACCUCUCCCUAUUCACCCCUCUCCCUCUAUCUGCCAACAUUCCUUACCACCCCCACCCCAGCUUCUGGGUUCAGCUCUUUUCCCUUCUUGACUCUGGGGACAGCCAGGUCUCUAAAGAUCUGUGGGAUGACUGGGAGAAGGAUGAGCAGGGGACCCUCUCUCCCUCUGGCCUCACCACUCUCUUGUAGCAUCAGAAAGGAUAGUCUUCUGAGGGGGAAGGAAGGCCUUGAGAGGGAAUUGCUCCAAAUCCUGGCUCUAAGAAUACAGACAUACCAGCCUAUGGCCUCUGAAGGCUUCUGGAAAGAGCAGCUGAAAGUACUGGUCAGGCCAGAACAACAUGAGCCCUAAGAUUCUGGGCAGGAUGGGACAAUGAAUCUGUGACUUUCCUCCACCCUUACCUACAUCCAUCAUACCACUCCUCAAAUCCACCUUGAAGGAGCUACAGCAGGGAAUCACAAGGACACCGCACACCCCCAUCAAGGACUUAGCUCAAGCUUUUAACUCAGACCUCACUCCCUAAGACUGGAAGGAAGACAAUUUAUUCAUAAGCAAGGAGAGUGGGAAGGGAAAGUAGUAAAUGUGGGCUGAAGUCCCUUGAUUUUGAACCUGGGUUUCUGAAAACUUCAAGAUCCAAUAUUCUUUUCUUCCAGAGGAAAUAAUAGAAAGAGACAAAAAGUUCCCAUUGAAGAGCUGGACACUUCAUUCAUUUUUUUUUGAAAAUUUAAACCUAAUUAAAUAUAUUGA